UGCUGUCUCGUGUUUCAGUGUCGCGAGCACCCGCUGAGGGUUUUUUUUAAAAACUCUUUCUGUCUCGAGCGCUGAGCUUCACUUCGUUUGCUGUGCGCGUGCUCUCCGUGUCAAACAUUUCGUCGUGGACGUUUUCUCAUAAAAGCUGUAUAAGACUUCAGCCUCUCCUCUAACCAGGAAGCCAGUACUGCAGCCCUGCCGCCAGCAGCAUGGACUAUUACACGCCGCAGCCGUCUCGUCGUCACAACCCCGUGGACAGCAUCUGCCGCAAACUGCAGACCAUUCAGUGGCGCGGUGAUCGAGAGCCCAAUUCACCUUUUCAGAUCCCCAAACUUUCAUCCAGCAGUUACGACAGCCCACAGUGUGGCCUCAGGCACAACCUGGAAGCCAUCCUGAAGAAAGGGGCUCUCCACAGAGAUGAAGGGGAGAGGGGGAAGGACAGAGUGAGGGAGAAAGGGAAAGGAUUGGGUAUGCCGAGCUCCGCGACUUCCCAGAGGAGCAGCCUGGGUCCAUCUGUCCCCCUGUCCACUCCUUCCACCCCAGCAUGCAAUCCCUCUACUCCGGCUACCGUCACUUACACUAUCACAAGCACUCUGGGAGAGAGGAAAGGUGCUGAUGGAAGUGAUCUGAGACAAGUUAAGACAUGGCAGAGGUAUUGUUCAACACCCACAGGCCAGUCCAAAGACUCCCCUUACUUUACAUUCACACGAGGACCCCAGUCAGUGCAGCCUGAGAGCGAGAGGCUGAGCAGGAGCCCGCCUCUGAGUCGUACCUUCACCCCGAACCACAGCACCCUCUCUUACAACCUUAACUUCUGCUCAGCGGACAUGGGGAACUUGACAGAAUGUGAGCUGCCCUACCCAGCUCUGGUUGUGAAAAGACUUUCCAUGGGAGAUGGAGGAUCCUCACUGGCUUCUGAAAACAGGAAGGAGAACAUGGCAGAAAUCAGUCUUAUCUGUGAGGAAAACCUGCUCGAUACCAUUUUCCAUGCCUGUGACACCCAACGCCGAGGUAAAGUGUACGUGUCUCACAUUGUGGACUACCUGCGGCACACCACCAGUCGCAGCUCAGAGGACAGUGGGCUGGAGGAACUGUGCAACAUGCUCGAUCCAGAGCACAAAGAUGUGUCCAUUGACCUGGACACAUAUCACGCCGUCAUGAGGGAGUGGAUUGAUGACUGCCGCAACAAUGGGGAUGAGCCAACAGAUGACGUCACUCAGGACUCUGUCAAACUCAGAGACAGCCUGUCUGCCAAGAGGUCCAUGCUGCUCAAUAUGACCUCAGGUAGUUUGGAGGCCUUUGGAGGGGAGGCAUCCAGAGCAGAGUUUGAGACGUCAGAGCUGGUGUAUUGUGUUGCUGACCUUCAGAUGAGCAACCAAAAACUCCAGGAGGAGGUGAGGAAGCUGAAGCAGGUGGUGGAGGGCAUGGAGGACGGCAACCAGAAACUGGCAGAGGAGAACGAGGAGCUACGGAACCAGGCCAGGGUUAACCAGCAGCUGGCACAGAAGGAGAAGAUACUGAAGGAGGAGGUGGAGGAGAUGAAGGCCACUCUGAGCUGUACGGAGGAAGGCAGAGCUCGCGCCUCCGCACACAGCAAACAUGUGGAGAGAGAAAACCAGAGUCUCAUUACCAAGAUUGCAUCUCUUCAGGAGGAGAACUUUAAGGUCACCAUGGAGAUGGAUGAGCUUCAGAGGAGAAUAGCAGAGCUGUGUGACAUUAACACUGACCUUCAGGUGCAAAUUGACUCUUUUGAUGCUGCUGUUAGUGAAAAGGAAGCUGUUAUACAUGAGAAGAGCAGACAGAUAAAUGAGCUCAAGUCAGCAGUGGAGGAAUACUCCUCCAUCACAGAGCUGCUGAGGGCAGACAAGAGCAGGCUGGAGAACCAGAUGCAGAUGAUGCACCCAGACUUGACCAGCGCUGGUCUGUCCCUGUCGGUGGCCUACCGUUUGAACCAGAGCAGCUCAGGAUCCCUGCAGACAGAACUAGCUCUGGCACAGUCACCACUGGAGGUCCCCCAUGGAGUAGACAAUUUGUCCACCACUAUGAGCUUUGCCUCCCCACUGGAUGAGACGCUGGACAAGGAGGUGCUGCUAAUGCUGCAAGGACCCAGCCCUGAACACAUGGCUCAGGAGUUCAAGAACCUUCAAAGCAAACUGAAAAGGGAUUUCACCGAGGAAACCAACUCUGUCUUGUCUACAGUUAGAGGCUUUCUGGACGACCACGCACAACCACGGGGCACCAAUGACACCCAUUUCCAGACGCUGCAGGCUGAGCUGGAUGCCAGAAGGGCAGACUGGGCCCUCAGCCUGGACCAACUGGCCCAGUACACAGACUCGCUGGAGAAGGAGUUGAUCAAAAUGGCCAGUAACAUGAGGAGGUCCCGCACAGAGAUCCUACACCUUUCAGUCAGGGUGCAGGAGCAGGAGAACCAGAAGCGGCAGCUGUGUGAGGAGCUGGAGCAGCUGAAGACACCUCAGGACAGCAGAGAGGCCUCAUGCCAGACACCUGUACCAGAGGAAGAGCCCAGAGAUGACUUGGACUGGGAUGAGGAGUUUGCCCUUCAAGAUUUCCUGAAGAACGAGUUGGCAGAGAGGAAUUGCAGGCGGACGGAUAGCAGGUCUGAGGAGACGACGGAUAAAUUAACAGACAGAGGGGAAGAAGAGGACGGGGAAGAGAAGUGGACAGUGGUGGACACAGCAGGAGAGGGAGACGUUAGAGACACAUCAACUCCCCUGUCUGCCCCCUCUGGAGAGGCCCAGCUUGGACACAAUACAGCGGGAGGGGGUCAAGACUCUGCAGCCUGCACUGAGUCAGAGCCAGAGGUGAACUGUCAGUCAUUGCAGGAUGAGGCAGCAGCACCACUGAGCGCCCACUCACAAUCUGUCAGCAUUAGAAACCCAGAGGCGAAUGCUCUCCCUGAUCUGUCCCACUCAGAGAACAACACAGGUUCAGAGUCUCCGGAGGCUGCAGAGUGUAACUCAUGUGGUCCACAUCAAAAUCUGAGCAACUCGCCUGAACAGGACCAAACGGUCACACUUGGUAACACCCCUCCCACAGCCGCCAAGAUGGUUCCUCCCAAUAGCACCUCACCUGGACCAGAUGAGACGGCUACCCAGAAUGAGAGCACCAAGCCCACCAGCGGGGACCACAAGGGAGAAGAACAGAAAGAAGGCGAGAAGGACUUGAGCGACGGAGCCAUGAGUCGCACUAAGAGCCUGACCCAGGACCAGUCGGCAGACAGAUCAGCAGCAGAGGACAGCACGUGUCUGCUGCCUGUGUUGGUGGAAGAGGAGGAGAGUGUGCCGGACAGUGCAGCUGAGGUUCCAACAGUAGCUGGCAGCAUGAAAGGAACGAACCAGCUCACCAGCAGCGGAGCAACCACCUUCUCUGACAGCAGCUCUCCUCAGCCACAGCCGUCCUUCACACAUGCCAGCCAAUCAGGGAGCGGCAUGGGCAGUGUGACCUCUGACCCCAGCCAUUCGGAGGAUAUUGCAGUCAAAAAGGACUCCCUCCCCCUCAGUGGCAAAAAUAAGAGGGAACUGGAGCUGUCCCGCAGCAUGGAGGUCAUCGUGGAGCACAAGGCUCAGGAGGACCAAAAUGACAGUAGCAUGGCCACUGACAAGGAAUGUGAGACGUCAGUAAUGUCUGACACCAGUGACACCUUAAAAGAAAGGAACAGCUUGUCGGCUAGUGACAAGGAGAUCGAGGCGGAGUUCCAGCGUCUGGCAUUGGGAUUCAAGUGUGACAUGUUCACCCUGGAGAAGAGACUGCGGCUGGAGGAGAGGUCACGUGACCUGGCUGAGGAAAAUGUCCGCAGGGAGGUAUCCAGCUGCCAGGGCUUACUGCAGGCUCUGACUCCUCUGUGCGAGGAUGAUAACCAGUCAAUGGAGAUCAUCCAGAGGCUCCAGAAGAACCUGGACAUCCUCAUCCAGUCCAUGACCAGGGUGUCCAGUCGCUCUGAGAUGUUAGGUGCAAUUCAUCAGGAGAGUCGAAUUGGUAAGGCGGUGGAGGUGAUGAUCCAGCACGUGGAGAACCUGAGGAGGAUGUAUACCAAGGAGCACGCCGAGCUGCUGGAGCUGAGAGAGACGCUCAUGCAGAACGAGAGAUCGUUUGGAUCACACACUGAAAGGGAUGACUUCCGUGGCAAGAAACAGCAGACAUCGCAGUACUACAAGUCGUCAGCCCGGCGGGUCAGCAUAGCAGCAAUCCCUCGCUCUGGUGGAGGCAACAUGCAUUUUGAUAUGUCCAAACCACAAGACGGCUCAGAGGCCGAAACGGAGAGACUGACCAGGCGAUCCCCGUGGAAUGUGGCAGGGAAGAGCACGGCGCGUCCCCCACUAAAACGCUUUGUUAGCUCUGCGGCCUGGGUUGACACUGAAGAGCCCUCUCUCAUGAUGAAGGGGACGGCCAACGACAACACCGACCGCCAGUCGGAGGACGAGCAAAAGGAGGAGCUGGUGGCAGAGAGGAGGAGGUCCAGCCUCAGUGAGCUGGGCAACAAACUCACCUCCCUCAUUCUGCCCCUCAAGACUCCAAGCCCUUCCUCCAGCCCUACGUCUACAGACCCAGGAAUGGCCCAGUCUCUGUCCCACAGUCUGUCCUCUUCGAGGGCCGCGGCGGCGGCAGCAGUAGCCAGAAGCGGCAGGGGGCUGUGGCUUUGGUUGGCAAUGGUGGUGGUGCUAGCAGGUCUCUUGGCACUGCUAGCCAGCCUGGUGAUGCAGCCAGUAGUUGAUGCAGCCCCUGUGGGGACCGGGGACUCCUGGAUGACCAUCCAGCAGCUGCUGUGGCCCUAUGCAGGGCUCCGGCACAAUGGACAACCCCCCGUCUAGCCCACUUACACCACCGGUGUGAAUGGUGUUACUGCCCAUCAGCCCUCUGCGGAAAUGAUCUGUGCACUGGGGUGGUGUUGAAGGAAAGUACAGUCCACCAUUCCUGAGUGGAGGCUGUUGGGAUGUUUUACUGGUGCCUGAAGAUUCCUAAAACAAGACUUGCAUUGACAGCACAGGCCAGGCCUCAGGGGAUAGCUAACCCUAUGGAGGAUUUUAUGCAUCACAUCACGUUUGCUAAACUAGUUAGUCUGUUUGUGUCUGUGUUUGAAAAGAAGCAGUUACAGGUGGCUUUCGUUUGGCGGCUCAACAUCCUUAACACAUUAUAAUGCAGUUUUCUUGUCAAUGCUGGUGGCAGCUGCCCAGGAUCCAACACAUUCUGUCAUAUCAGGACUGAUGAGUCAUCAGAGCUGCCACAGUAUCGACCAAUCAUGUAACAACUUCAUCAGAAUGAUGGCACUAAUCCACCAGUCAUGCAGUGGGCCGCUGUGCAGUUUUUCAGUUUUUGAUGAUCAUGGACGAUGGAGCCUGACGAUGCCGCGUGGCUUUUUACACACAUUUCACGCACUUGAAGAAACAGCACUGCCAGCCUUUUUACUCAUGGGUUUGCAGAGGACAUUUUAUCAUUUUUAAGUCUAUAAACACUGGUAAUAAAUCUCUAAUUUUAAGUGUUUUUAAAUGUUAGAAAUCUAUAUUUAUGUUAGUUCUGGAGUUGGGAGAUGUGAAUAUCUGUUUAUUUUUGUUAAGUUAUAAUUCUACAUUGUUACACCAAAGGUUUUUUUUUUUUUAUUUUUCUCUUAAGUUCUUGCUGUGGUUGUCACCGUUUUCAACUUCAUACACUUUUGUAUGUUCCAAAGAAGAUGCGUGAAACUUUGCACAAAUAAAGUAGCCAAUUCUA